AGCGUUUAACAAUACAUAAGGUGAUGAAUCAGGUAAUAGUGAUGAGUUUUUGUCUAUUGUUUUUCAUAUCUGCCUGGCUAUGAAUGGAUCUAACUACAGAUGAAACACCUGAGUAUACAAAGUACGUAGCGCUGUUUAAGGGAUUAAAGGAGAGAUACCGGCACAUACGCGUAGUCUUCACCGGCCGAGAGGGUGCAGGGAAGACGACCCUCUGUGGCCGGGUCAAGAACGAAGAUGUCGACAUAAAGUUGUGUAAGCCAACUGAGGGAGCCGUUUAUCACCCUGCAUGGUUCGUCAUUGACUGGAAAUCCAAAGAAUGGGUGUAUAAUGCUGACCAAUCGCCUGCGAGUGUGGUUACAACACGUAUGGGUGCAUUGGUGAAGACCAUAGAAACAUUAGAAAGAGAAGCUGGUUUACAAGCAGGGUCCAAAGACGGCUCAUUCGGAUUACCUUUGUCAGAAAACCCUGCAGCAGACGCAGAUAAAACAUACCACGAAUCGUUGGAAGUCAACUUUGCUUCAUUUGAGGCAAAAGCUGAUGGAGCGUUUCUAUCUCUGUGGUAUAUGGGUGGACACACGUCAUUUCAAGCUUCACACAAUGUGUUCAUAUCAUCACAUGGUGUAUACCUUCUAGUCUUCAGGCUGACAGACUUUCUCAAAGACAAGUUGGAAACUGAUAGACUAAAGAAAUGGAUCCGAUUGAUUGGCACAUUUUCGUCAGUUGAACUCAAUUCGCCAAAAUUGAAGCCACAUGAUCCUCCACUUAUUUUCGUCGGUACCUUCCUGGAUGAGUUUAAGAGAACGACUAAGGAUUACGCCCAACUGGUAAAGACAAUAAUGUCAAGCAUUGCAAAAUUCCCCGAACUUUCAGCUCACAAAUUCGUCAGGUUCUGUACAGCCGAUAACAGCCUUGGAAAGGACGACACAGAACUGAAAAAACUGCGAGGUUUAAUUACAGACGCAGCUAAUCAUCAAGAUCAGUGGGACAGAGAGCUCCCGACCAGAUGGUUAAAGCUGGAGAUGGACUUACUUAAAGCCAGAGAAGAAGGAAUCAGGAUGCUCACUUUGGCGAUGGUUAUUGAAGUAAACAAAAAGUCUGUAGCCCCUUUAACGGACGAGGAGGAAAUGAAAAUGGCACUAGAGUACCUUCAUUGUACAAGGUCUGUGAUUUAUUUUCGGGAGUUUGACUUCAUCAUCAACGAUCCGCAGUGGCUUGCUGAUUUUUUCAGCAUCUUCAUAACCGACGACCAGUUUCUCCCAACAGAUGACCUCCUGCUCACUCGAGAUUUAGAGCUGUGUACGACAAAGGGCGAGUUGACCCACGAGUUGAUCGAUGGUCUUCUCAGCCUGGAAAAGAACCAAAGGUUUCGUCCCCAUAAGUCCAAUCUCCUGGCCCUGAUGGAAAAGUUCGGGCUGAUAGUAAGGAUACUGAUGUCGGGAACCACUACAGAAAAUGCACAGUUCAGUGAAACGUACACCAUUCCGAGCAAACUUAUGGAGCUACAAAACUUUGACGGUAUAACAGAGAAGGUCAGUUACCUCCAACAAAGCAAUCUCUUUGUCUCUAAAACCUUAUGCUUCGUGUUCAAAGAUGUUUCCGUACCAGAUGAGCUGUUCCACAGAAUCUUUGCCAAGAUCAUGAGGACGUACAAAGUAGCGUCACUAUCAAUACAAGGUUUAGAGGAGGCAGCUGAACGUGACCAGGCGACGACAGACAAUACCACUUGUCUAUAUUCGGGUUUUGGGUGUUUCGAGGUCAACGACCUUUGCAGAGUGAUCGUGUCAAUGCACGCAGAGAGGUCAACAAUCGCCGUGACUGUGAUCAGUCUGAUAGAGAUCGAGCUUCCCGCAGAUACCGGACCACGUAUUAGGCUAAAACUCGAACAGAUUCUACGAGACACGUUGCAAAUGAGUAACCAGCUACACUUCCAGUACGCACACCAGCUGCACUGCAACUUCCACCUGAGGCCAUAUGACACCCCAGUACAACUGUACGGCAUCAUCCACUCAGAGAGGGGCGUGCCCUGUAAAGGUGUAGAAUGCCGAGGACAACAUCGACUAACAAAAACGGACAGCACUUUUUGGGACAUCGAACAGCACUUAGCGACGGUUGAAGGCAGAGAAAAUGUCGCAGAAACGACGGAGGGUGAAACAAACAUCUCUAACAGAAGGCCGACGCCCAGGGAACUUGGUCGUUUGUCCCGUCUGGUCGACGCAUCCAGCUGUGAAUGCCUUUUUAUUCAGCUUGGUCUUCCUUACCCAGAAAUCCAGACCACCAAAUGGGAGUCACAAAGCUUGGCGGGAAUCACUCUGAUUACAAAGAUGUUUCUCAAAUGGACAAACAUUUACCCGAAUCAGACGUUCCAGGACAUCCAGCAAGCUAUGACGGAGGCUAAGAUGGCAGCUGAAUGUAUCAGCGAAGUGUUAGAAACUGACGAGGAAUCACAAGAUCAAGAUAUGGUUCCAGUCGAUGUCUGGAAUAGAACCCCGUCUGAUGCUGAGAUAGAGAAAAUCGUCACCAAUGUUGGCAGUGCUUUCUUUAACCUGUGUCUGGAGCUCGGAUUGUCACCUCCAAUAAUAGAGCAGCAUGAACUUGGUCACCCUGUCAAUAUCCAGGCAAGGAUGAGUGCUCUACUCCGGUAUUGGAUAGACAGAUUCCAGACGAAGGCAACCAUUGGCAGGUUGUUGACAGCGAUGAAGGUUUGUCGGAUGGACUGGCAUACAACAGCACAGAUUUGGUCACCAUGAUUAGGAAGGACAAUAUGAACGUGUGAAAUAAGUUCACGUCACUCUGGACAUUCACACACCUUCCGUCACACAUGUACAUAUAUAAGAUAGGAUUAAUGUUAUCACAAGUUCACUGACACUUUAUAAUUAACUAAAAAAAUAAUUAGCCAAACCUUAUAAAUAAAUAUUAUUGGAACCAGAAAAAAAACGUAGAAAUGAUACUAAUGACAAAGCAUUAAUAUUUAACAGUUCAGACAACACGUUAGGACAAAACAAAGGUGUCUAUCAUAUGUGUGUGUGAUUUACUCAAUGUUAAUGGUGAGUUUUCUAAAACAGAAUUAAAAUCAAUUUCCGAUGAAGAUUUUAGAAUUCUGGAGACCUUUAUAUAUUGCUUUGUCAUUGUGCAUAGACCAUUCAUAUUCAUGGGUGAAAUAUAUAAAGCUGAAAAUGACUUUCUAUCAGGACUGCAGUUAAUUAGAAUGGUUAAUAUAGUGCGGUUGUUAUCCCAUCCUGAGAUGAUAGCGAGAAUAAACUAUCAACGAAAUAUAGGCACAUUAAAAUAUAUUAAUUACAUCAUAACAAUAUAUUAUUGGGGUCUUUUUGGCACCUAGGUGAUGGCAUAUUAACAUUUUGUAUAAUUUUGAUAUUUUCUUUAAUAUUGAGCCUUUAUGCACGAUUUUCCUGAGAGAUGUUUGUAUAUAUUUAUUGCUUUGUGUUUUCAUGUAUAUUUAGAGGUCAAAUACUGAGUGAUUUUGACAUUGUUUAUUUGCAUUAUUAGUUCUGAAUAUAUGUAGCAUGCUUAGAAUACUUCACGUGUGAAAUCUUCGAUUUUAUUACAGCAGAUUUGUAUUGUUAAUCAUUGUCCUGUAAUCGGAGUUUACAUUUUUUGUCAUAUGAAUAUCUAGACAUAGCGUUGUACGCUGUAAAUUACCUUUUGAGGCUCUUUACACAGUGUUAUGCCCCUUUGUACAUUUAAAAAACCACAUUGAUUUGUUUUGAAAUAAUUAUGAAGAUUGAGACAGUUUCCGAUCCCUUUACAAGGGGUUUGUCACAGGUAACAAUCAGAAAAAACCCAGAUGUUAACGUAUUCAGACCUUUAGUCAAAUAUAUAAUAGUAUGUUAUCAAAGAUCGCCCCAUCUUACAGUAAAAUGAACUUUUCUAAGUAAUUAAGCUUUCAUUUGUGUUAAUUGUCAAGAUUCGUCAAUAUUCUGAUUAUGUAGAACUUUCUUUUCACAGGUAAUUACGAUGUAACAAAAUGAAUCAAAUACGUACACAACCAACAUAAUAACGGGCUGAAAUACGUAAAGCCGGUCGCUGCUAAAUGCGCUUAAUCACGAUUUUGGUGUUCUCACGCAAAAAUAUCCCUGUUCAAAGCAUUAAAUACUUUUUGCUUCUAAUGUUGCAUCGGAUAUUAACAUAUAGAUAUCAUGGUACGAUACAUGGCAUUUCCAAUCAAAUAGUUAGCUUUGUGUAUCAUUUAACAACGUUGCCUUAUCCAAAAAUAUUCGCUCAAAAACAAACUAUGAGAUAUCUAGCCUUGUUUACUACAAUAUAAUUUCUAUCUAUGGGAUAAUAUAAAUUGUUGUUUUUUAUUUUGUAUUUUUCUCAUUUAUUUGUGUUUUAGAAUGUAAUGUUUAAUUCUUACUUGCAGUGUCCUAUUUAAAGGGAAAUGAGAAUCCAUUAAACUUCAAAUAAACAGCCCUUUUCUCCAUCAUAUGAAAAUGAACACUUUCCAACAUUUUACAAAUCUAGUAGCAAAUGAAGUGGUAACUGUAAACUACUGCCAAAUUUGUGACAUUAUUUUAUUGCCGUAAAAUUGAAUUUCGUACAAUUCGGCUAGCAAUAACUAGGACAUAAAAAAUGCUGCUGUACUUCAAACGUAUUACACUGCAUAUGUUUCAAGAAAUUUUGCUUUUGUAUCUCAUGUACGGCAUUUUGUCAUCUUUUUAACCAAAUCAUAUAUGGUUAGUAUAAUGUGUAAAACGAUAAAGAAUGGUAUGCAUAUCAAACAUUUGUUGGAUUACGAUUUGUGUUAAAUACUUGUCGGAAUAUGAUGUAUGACAAGCACUUGUUGGAUUACGAUUUAUUAACAUAUGUUGGUUAAAAUGUAGAGCAAACAUGUGUUGGAUUGCAAUGUAGGGCAAACAUUUGUUGGAUUACGAUGCUCGACCAACACUACUUUAUUACGAUUGAUAAAAGGUGUUUUUUUGGAUUACGAUGUGUGACAAAUACCUGUUUGUUUACAAUGACAAAGGUUAUGUUUUGAGCUACAAACACAUUAUAUUUGACAUGUAUAAAGAUACUUGUUUUACUAAGAUGUUUGCCAUUUUGUGAUUUUUCAUAAUAAGAUCACUGCAUAUAACUUACUUUGUAUCCCAUUUGCAUUUUUGUUUGCUAUCCGCUUUACUUAAUAAAUAUAGAGUGAAUUCUU